CAUUAUUAUCAGAUAGACCCCCUCCUCCUCCGGUCUCCUCCCCCGGAGCUGCCGUGCUCUAGUCUGCCCCCUCCUCCGGUCUGCCCAGUCUGCAGGCACCGAGUGCCCGGGAGCGGGGAGGACAGCGGCGCCGCUAUACACGUGGUGGAAACUGAUGUGAAAACAUUUCCCAAUGCAGUUCUAUCUGGACCACGCUGGACCCUUCUAGAGAGCCAAGAGUCGUGCACCUGGAUGUGGUAACCACUGACUGUCAAGGGUCUGUACAUAAGAACCAUUGCUUCAUCAAGACUGGACCCUCUUAACUGUCGCACCCCCAAGGACAAGGACAUUGGAACAAAUGUCUGCAGCCAAGGACAGCACUGUCUGUAACUUGGAUCCUGGAACCAUUACAACUUCAUAGCCACAGUCUUAUAAAGUAUCUGGAAUUAUAAUACUGGGCCUAGUCACCAUCAAGCCUCCAUAAUCACCUGUUAGUCAAAAAGCUAAGGAACUGUACCCUAGAACUUGUGCGUCAUCAUGGACCUGAACCUCAGGACCAUCUCUCUAUAAGGAACCAGUUAAGGUACUCACGUGAGGACCGUUGAACCAUUCUCCAAUCAGGAAAAAGAUAUUCCUACAAGUCCAGAUCGCACGGGGCAUCUGUUACCAGCAAAGACUCAGAUCGCAAUAGCAUCUGUUACCAGGAGAGUCUGUGAGAUGUGGAUAAGACUCGCCUACAGAAGUUAAAAUACGUCAGCACAAAUGAUAACACCUCCUAUAUAGAUAGAUUGAUGACCAUGAAAUCUGUCAGAGCAGAAGGUGUUUUCAGACGACCAAAAUGAACAGUAAACAAGGAUGGAGAGCCGGCAUUGCCUUCCUUACUGUCAUGUUCGGCUUUGGGAUGCUGUGGUACCUACUUGUGGUACAUGUGGAUACCUACUUACCUAGGUCCUAUGUAAACGUCGGAGUCAUGUGCACUCCAGGUGACGUCGCUUCCAAAGCAGCUUCUGUGAUCAGCAAUUACUCUAGGAAUCACCCCGUCUUCCUGCAGCUCAGAGAUUAUUUCUGGGUGAAGAACGAGUCUGUUUAUCCUUUACCGUACGGCACAAAAGGAAGUGAGGAACUACUGAUGAAAUUUCUGGCAUUGUCGAACCAAUACGACGUACCUCAAGAAAUAGAGAGGUUACGGUGCAGACGGUGUGUAGUGGUCGGAAAUGGGCACAGGCUAAAAAACAGCUCUCUGGGUGAAGUCAUUGAUAAAUAUGACGUGGUGAUCAGACUGAACAAUGCUCCUGUCCACAAUUACGAGAAGGAUGUUGGCAGUAAGACCACCAUGAGAUUCUUCUACCCAGAAUCUGCUGACUUUGACCCUCAGCUGGACAACAACCCUGACACUUUAUUGGUGCUGGUGCCAUUUAAGCCUCUGGACAUCCAAUGGAUGAAGAUUAUUCUGAAUAAUGAGAAGAGGGUUCAUAAAGGAUUUUGGAAAAUUCCCCCUAUAAUUUGGGAGGUGAGCCCACAGAAUACGCGGAUCCUAAACCCCUAUUAUAUGGAGGUGACCGCCACUAAGAUCCUGGACACCAUCAUUGCUGACCAGAAGUCCUCAAAAAAGAUGAAAGCGAAACCCACUACUGGCAUGCUGGCGAUCACUUUUGCCCUCCACUUCUGUGAUCUGGUUGACAUUGCCGGAUUUGGUUAUCCUGCAUUAUCUAACAAGAAGCAGUCGAUCCAUUACUAUGAGAAGGUGAUGCUAAAAUCCAUGGCGGUAUCUGGACAUAACAUCUCGAUAGAAGCUACUGCAAUAAGGAACCUGCUCCAGCACCAGCUCAUUCGCAACCUGACAUAUUUCUGAGGGAGUUUUGGAUAUGUAAAUGUGUGUCAGACACACUGCACCUGGCAGACUCUAAAAGACAUUAGUGCAAUACCCACCACCCAGAAGAUCUUGUACAGAACCUCCAGCUUCUCUGCACCCAAGUGGCUGUCACAGGGCACAGUGAAAUGUUGACUAAACUCUUAAUUUUAUUUUUUAUAGAUUAUUAUUAUAAUUUUUAUUAUAACUAACCAUAUAAUAUUUAUUUAAGACUUUGUCACUGUUUGUGCCAUGACAUGAAGAAUCAAGGAUUAUGGUGACUUUUGCUGCCGUCCUCUGUAUAGAAAAGACAAUGACAGAUAGGACUGAGAUUUUGGGAUCCCUCUGCUGUCUUGGAUCCGUCAGUUUUUUUUUCUACAUGAUUUUCACUGUCCAUGUUUACUAUUUGUAAGAUUUCUGACUUUGCCCUGAAGGAGACUAUUACGCAAGCCGCUGGACCCACAGAUAAAUGGGGCGGGACCCCAUGCUACGUGCCAAUUCUUUCUAUCUUCUCAAAUCAUUGGGUUAAAAAAUGUGUAGAUCUGGCGGACGUCGGCCCUCAUCUCACCAAACGGGGGGAUUCUUCGUAUUCCCUCAAUGAUAUGCUGCUGCAGUUAUAUUUAACUCAUUGUUUAUCUCCUAUUGGUAGAACGGGAAGAGAAUUCUAUAUUAAAUUGAUUAAUCCCCAUUCCAGGGGCCCUUCUACCUUCAGUGCCUUGUUUUUUUUUUCAGUUAUUAUAAUUCCUCUUGUGGUGACAUGAAGACUGUAAAUUACUAUAAAUUCUCAUUCUGUAUACAUGUCAUUGAGCUGAUCCUUCGCCGUGUAGGUUUUAUACUCCAGUCAUAUCCAGAGCUGCAUUCACAAUUCUUUUGGCUUCCUCUAGGCACGCAGACUACAAGACCUUUCUCCUCCCUGCUGUCCCCUUCCUGUUCAGGGUGUGUAGUGUACUUGUACUGAUCCUAAGUGACAUCACGGCUUAUAUUUCAAUUAUAUCAAGAGCUGCAGAUCUCAGGCUGCGAGUCCUCAAAUGCCCCUGCUGGUUCAGUGUCUAUACAUGCCAUGGCAUGUUACAUGGUAUGUGAUGUAGCUUGUAUACCAUUUAUGAUGUCUUUCAGCGUAGUGAUUGCAGCUCAGGAUUAUAGGACAGCAUUCAUUUUGAGCAAGCCCCCUGUGCUGUGUACUAUUCUGGAACAUAUGAAGUCAACUCAUGGCAGUGUGCAGUCCUAUAGGAACUGCUGUGCCAAUCAUAUGACCAAUAACCCACCUUACUUAACAUGUCAUUAAAAGGCUGUACAUGACCAAUACAGGGGACAUCGUUCGGGCUCCAGCCAGCAUUGUUUGCAGUGGAAAGAUGUGGACGCUCUGAUCUUCUCUAUAGAGGAGAACAUAUCUACUAGAGGACCUACACACUUAGGGCUCAUUCACAAGACCGUAGGCCGUAUGUGCUAGUGCUGCGGCACUGGCCAUGUGAAUCCUAUAUUGCGACGCUGACCCAUUGACUUGAAUGGGUCCGCAAUAGACGGCAGAAGAAAGGACAUGUUCUAUCUUUGGCAGUGUGGAGGCACGGACCCAAAAGUCCACGGAAGCGCCGAUCUGUGCAUCCGCUCUGCACCACACCGUUUCUUGGGUAUUAUGGACCUAUUCAAGUCAAUGGGUCCUCAUCGUGAUACGGUCUGCAGUAUGGCCACAGGCGGCCUACAGUCGUGUGAAUGAGCCCUUACCCGUGUUGAUUUUAAAAUGUGAAAUGUGGUCACUUUCCCCUUUACAGGGACAUUUUACCUCCUAUGGAUAACAUUCUCCCCUUCCUGGUCAGUGACUGACGACCAGUAAGAAUAUACCGUAAUUCAAUGGUUUAUAGUUCAUGGCCACCACUUCAUGUCUCUGAUGCUUUUCGCAAAUUGGUUUAUUGAUUGUUGGGGGCAAUUUCUCUUCCUCUUCUACCAAUAUUUUAUCUCUUUUUAAAAAAUCCAUAGCAGACUGAAUGCAAAAACUUAAAAUGAAAAAUGAAAAUUAAAGCAAUGAUUCAUGA